AUGAUAAUGACAGGAAUAAACAGUCUUGCAUAUGGAGCGUUAUUUACAAUUCCUCCUGAGGUUUAUCCAACUGAGGUAAGAAAUUCAGCCCAAGGGCUAUUUUUUGCAUCUUCAAGAAUAGGGGGAGUAUCUGCUCCUUUAAUAGCUGGAGUUCUUAUUGAUUUAGAUGGAGGACAAGUAAUGUGUCUGAUGUGUUUUGGGAUAGCUUAUUUUUUAGCAGGGAUUUGUGCUUUGUUUUUAAAAGAAACGAGGUCAGAAUUAGAUGAUGAUAAUCUAAUAAGCUCUUAA